AUGGAACCUCACGACCGCAUCCUGACCUGGAUCUCUGGAUUGCAAGCGUCGACUAUCCCCACCUCGGUGCCCUGCAACAACGUCGUGAACCCGCGCAAAGGACGACGUUCAUCCCUUGCCAAACAAGACACGGUCGGCCGCCGUCUCCUUUCGCCUCCGAACAGCGUCGAGUCCUGCCAGAGAAAGCACUACAUGGCCACCGCAAAUACUGAAGACGGCGACAUCGCACAUAUACCGGGUAGCCCCGUCGAUGGAACUUCCCCCAACCCCAAACGAGCCCGUGUCGACCACCACCUCGAAGACAUGGACGCUGAUCCGACCCCAAGGGUCCUCCGUACGGUUGCCACCUCUCACGUACAAGACUCACGAGACAAUACCCAGUUGUCGUCUUACGACGCCGACAGUUUAACGUCAGCGUCCUUGGCUAGCAGCGCCCAAAGCGAUACUGCCCUCUCUUUCCGAUCCUCGCCCAGUAAGAGCAAGAAGCGCUCUCGGCGGUCAAGCCCUCGAAAACAAAGCAUGCUCAUGGUCAUGGAGGAUGCCAUUCGUCCUACGAGCUUCGGAGGUCCCGUCGACCCGCCCGAGGCUCUCGACGCAAUCGUAACCGGCAUUGACAAACUCGCGAGCGGCGCGGCCAUUAUUUCACAUACUGCCAAGGAAUCUGUUCAAGAAGAGGCCAGAGCAAAUCGUCGAGUGUUCAGAUGGGUCGAGGACCGAUCUUUUACCGACUCCUUGUCGUCUUCCACCUCUGAUCGCCACAGCCUAGGCCCGACGCCUUCCGUGUCCGAGGUGAAGAGGAUAUGGUCAAACGCUGAUGACUGCUACGAAUUCCAGCAUUUCGAAAGCCAAUGGAAUUGCGCCGUCCACCAUCAGAUCCUCUUCGCCGCCUUCGGACAUUCCAGCAGCCUAGGCUUCUGCAGCGUCACCGGCGUCCAGAUCCAUCCCAACUACGCCCGAGGCAGCAAAGUAUCGCACCACAAUAAGAAGGUGGACUUUUGCGUCUUUGUGAACCGGGAGUCGCCCCGUCUUACCGCGGCCGCGUUGCUAUCACCUUUUCAGUCCGUUAACCAUACCGAUUAUCCGCCGCUCCUCCGUCGUCCCAUCGCCAUCUCCAUCGAGACUAAGACGCCAGGGGACAAGUGGACUGAAGCCGUGAACCAAAUGUCCGCCUGGCUGAUUGCCCAGUGGGAUGCUCUUGACGACAUGGUCGCCCGCGCGCAAGCCCUGGACGGCGACGUAGCUGCCUUCAAUGCUCCGCCUUCCCCCUCCCCUGGCGCCGCUAGACCCUCGCCAGCAGCGGCCACGGGACUGGCCUUCCUCCCCGGCGUCAUUGUGCAAGGACACGAGUGGUACUUCAUCGCCAUUACCAGAGCGGCAGCAGACGGAUAUACUCGGCGAUGGGAGAAGGUGCUCAUCGGCUCCACGCAGUCCACCGAGGGGGUCUACAAGAUCGUGGCUGUCCUGCAACUACUAGGACGCUGGGUCGAGGACCAGUAUUGGCCUUGGUUCCAGCGCAAUGUCCUUGGCCAGAAUGACAGCCACGUUCCGGGCUGA